AUGCAGCUUCUGAACAAGUUGAUGGCUAUCUCCAAACCUCAAAACCUGGCUCUACAUGAACAAAAUGAGGUUCUGAGAGCAGAUAUGUCUUGGCAGCAGGAAACCAUCUCCAUGGUGGAGACAUAUGACUCCGAGGCAUCUCGUCAAAAGUUCAGAUAUUUCCAGUAUUUGGAAGUGUCUGGGCCCUAUGAAGCCCUGAGCCAACUCUGGGAGCUCUGUCUUCAGUGGCUAAGACCAGAGAUUCAUACAAAGAAGCAGAUCCUAGAACUGUUGGUGCUAGAACAAUUCCUGGCAAUCCUCCCUGAAGAAGUCCGGACUUGGGUGAAUUUACAACAUCCAAAGAAUAGCAAAGAUGUGGUGAGCCUCAUAGAAGAUGUAAUUGAAAUGCUUAAAGAUGAAGAUACACCCUGCAAGGAUUCUGUCCUCCAAAACGGGAGCAUCCAGGAGGAGAAAAUGGAAGCUGACUUACUAACAGGCAGACUCCACGAACCAGUGACAUUCAAGGAUGUGGUUGUGGAAUUCAGCGAGGAAGAGUGGGGGCAACUAGACCCUGCUGCAAAGAACCUGUACAGGGAUGUGAUGCUGGAGAACUAUAGGAACCUGAAUUCAUUGCAUAAAGUGCAUUUACUUACCAAACCAGUUGAGAUCCCUGAGUUGGAGAAUAAAAAUAAAAUAUGGAUAAUGGAGGAAGAAAUCCCCAGGAGAACUGUUUUGGAGCAGAGAGUUUCUAGAGAAGAAUCAUCCCAUGGAGUGAUUAUGACAAGGCUUACCAAAAGUGAACAUUCUUCCUUAGAUGUCUGGAAAAGUCAGGAUUGGUUAUGUGGGAACCAGAAAAACCAGGACAUAAAUUUGUCAUCAGAAGCUUUCAUUCAUACGACAAUCUACACUGAGGAGGGAGACUUUGAAUGUAGUGAAAACAAGAAAAGUGUUGAUGUUAACUCGAUUAACUCAAUUUGUGACAUACAACAAGGAAUUCCUAUAAGGAAGGGAUCCCUCAGAUUUAAUUCAGUAAGUGAGCCACAUUCAGAAUAUAAUGAAUAUGGGAAUGCCUUGAGUCUGAGUACAACUAUUAUUGAACACCGACAAUGUCAUACUACAGUGAAUUCCUAUGAAUGUUAUCAGUGUGGAAAAGCCUUCAGCAGAAGCUCAUCCCUCAUUCGACAUCAGAUCAUUCACACAGGAGAGAAACCCUACAAAUGCAGUGAAUGUGGGAGAUUCUUCAACCGCCGUACAAACCUUUAUCAGCAUCAAAAACUUCAUACUAAAGCAGAGGCAUGUAAAGGUAAUAAAUGUGAAACAGCCUUUAGUAUGAGUGAAGACGGUAAUAAAAAUCCAAGAUGCUAUUCUCAAGAUAAUUCCUAUGAAUGUAUUGACUGUGGAAAAUCCUUCAACCGGAGCUCCUCCCUUAUUCGACAUAAAAUGAUUCAUACAGGAGAGAAACCAUUCACAUGUAAAGUAUGUAAGAAAACCUUCAACAGGAGUUCAAACCUUGUUAAACAUCAAAAACUUCAUACUCGAUAA